GGGCCAGGUCUUCCAGCCACGCCCCCUCCCUCCUCCCGCUUCCCUGCGCUCCACCGCGGCGGGGACGGAGCAGCCCCUUCGCCGCUUGCAGCUGGGUGAGUCCGGGCCCGGAUCAUCGCUGGCCCCGGGGGGGGGGGGGGGGCAGCAACGUGCUCGCUCCUUUGGAGACAAAGGCACCUGCCGCCCCUCCGUGCUGGGCAGAGGGAAGUUGGGGGGGGGCUUUAUUAUUAUGGGAUGGGGGUGGGGUGGGUGCAUGCGGGGGGGGGAGUAUUGCACUGGGUUGCGAUCGUGGGAAGAGGCUUUGGACUGAGGAUCCCCCCCCCUUUUGCAAACUUGCUGUCAAGUUAUUGCAAGUUGGGGUUUCUUGGCGGAGGCUGCAAGAAGCGCGGGGUGGCGGGGCUUUUGUUUCCCUGCCCAUCUGGGCGAGGAAGGGAGCAUGUGGCGGCGAUCCCCGGGGAGGAGUUGCAAGCUUGGGAGCGCACAAUGGGGCUUUGUUCGGGGAAGUGGGGCGGGGGCCCGCAUGGUUAGGGGUCGGGGCCGAAGGGGGUGCGCGACCUGCGCGCGGGAAGCCGACCGAUGAGUCGCAAUGGGCAGAGUCUGCUCUCUGACUUCUGCUCAGCAAAAUGGCCUGCCGCUGAAAUCUUCAGCGCUCAAAAAGGAAGUUUGCAUUGCAAGCCCCGAGGCGAACAACGUCGUGCAGCUGAGGAACGGGGGACUCUUGCCUCCUGUGCGGUUGUUCUUUCAACGCCUGCAAAAUGCACGCUUUUGCUGACACCAACUCAACGGGGCCAACCCUCUUGAAAACAUGGCAUCGCCAGGUUGGAAGGGACUCUGAGGGUCAUCCAGCCCAACCCGCAGCAAUGCAGGAAUCUUUUGCCCAACGUUGGGCUCGAACCCAUGAUGAAAAGCCUAACGCUUUGUUGACUGAACUGUCCCAGGUGGUGGGGAGCAGCAGGGACGCAUAAGUGUUGUUGCAUUGUGGGGUAGGGUGUGUUCUUGUAGGCCAGUUGGUGCCUCGACUGGAUCCUGAAGAAGAUGCCGGCGGGAUUUUUGUGUGGAGCAAUUAUUGUGGUGGGAGAAAGGAAAGGUAAAGGGACCCCUGACCAUUAGGUCCAGUCCUGACCAACUCUGGGGUUGCGGCGCUUAUCUCGCUUUAUUGGCCAAGGGAGCUGGUGUACAGCUUCCAGAUCUUGUGGCCAGCAUGACUAAGCCGCUUCUGGCGAACCAGAGCAGCGCACGGAAACGCCGUUUACCUUCCCGCCGGAGCGGUACCUAUUUAUCUACUUGCACUUUGAUGUGCUUUCGAACUGCUAGGUUGACAGGAGCUGGAACAGAGCAACGGGAGCUCACCCCGUCGCGGGGAUUCGAACCGCCGACCUUCUGAUCGGCAAGUCCUGGGUUCUGUGGUUUAACCCACAGCGCCACCUGCAUCCCAGGAGAAAGGUGCCCCUACAGUAUUGCCCAGCAGGACAGGGCCUCCCCAUGUUGCUAGGCUCCCAAAUUAAAGCUAAUCUCUUGAUCUACUGAGAGAGAAAGCUUACACAUCUUGCUUAAGAUUUGCAUGAAAACAUGCCUUAUAAGUGAAGUGAUCUGGGGCAACAGUAGUGCAGAUCUUGACCUUUCCCAUAAUAACCAGCCAGCAUAGCCGUUGGCCGUGGAUGAUGGGAGUUCUGGAGCCUAACAUCUACAGGGCCUCAUGUUCCGCCAUCCCUGUAGCAGUGGCAUUGGUGCAUUCACAGAGGCCAAGAAACAAUCCGUUUAAGUUGACGGUGAAUUACGAGAAGCAAGGUGCAAAUGAGUCAGUAAGUACAUCGGAUGACACACUUGUACCCUGUGUAAGUGAUCACCCUGGGUUCUGUAAUAACGUGAGUUGGAAUUCCCAUUUCGCCCACAUGCCUUGAGAGGGUGGGGAAAACACCCACUCUUCCUGGUUUGUGAUUAUGAGACAGGAGUCCUUUUUAGUCAACGUGUGUGUGUGUGUGUGUGUGUGUGUGUGUAUACUCCAUGAGUGAGGUUGGGGCAAGAGUGGGAACAUGGCAGCAGGCUUUGGCCUACACAUGUUCACUAAACUGUCUGCUGAGUACACACCCACACAGUUGUGCGUGAUCGGGGAUGCUGCUUUUGCAGGGUCCCUGAUGGUGUGUUUAUGUGGGGCCUAGUUUAUACAGUAUGUGCACUUAGUGCAGGGGUCAGCAACCUUUUUCAGCCAUGGGCCGGUCCACCGCCCCUCAGACCAUGUGGGGGGCUGGACUAUAUUUUGGAAAAAAAUAUAUGAAUGAAUUCCUAUGCCCCACAAAUAACCCAGAGAUACAUUUUAAAUAAAAGCACACACUUGUAAAAACACGCUGAUUCCCGGACCAUCCGCAGGCUGGAUUGAGAAGGCGACUGGGCCACAUCCGGCCCCCGGGCCUUACGUUGCCUACCCCUGGUUUAGUGUCUCUGCAGUUGCGGUCCUGCUCACCUCCACCCCCAAUGCACAUGGAGCAAUUGCACAUGCACUGUCUGAGAAAGGUGCUAGCAACUGAUGGUGUUCAGUGGAACAAAUGUAUCUGCUAGCCCAAAAUGGAGUGGUUGGGUGUGCAUGUGUCGAGGGAUCAGUUGGUGGGAGUGCUACUUAGAAAGGCUUGAUUGAAAGCCUUUGAAGGCUAGAUUUUUUUGUCACUCUUAAUGCUGUAAAUAAUGGUGUACAAAUUGGAAGGUGCAAUUAGCUGUGCGCCUGCCAAAACUCCCUCUCCUGCUUAAGCAUUCAAAGCAUAGCUUCCCUGCUUGUCUCCUUUUAUCUGGUUACUAUAAUCUGCACAUGCCCAGAAGUACUCUUCACACAUUUCUUGAUAAUGGAAACUGGACUUUGGGGAGCUCUGGUCCAAGGCCAGUGUUAAGGCAGACUGUCUCUUCACCCUUAAAAGAAGGUGCUCCAAACUCAUCUAACAAGAGAGCCAAUUUCCCCCUAUGGUUUCCUCCUGUCUCAGGGAUGGGAAAGCAAAGGUUAGAGGGAUAACUAGAGAGGAGGGGGAAUCCUGGAAUCUGGAGUGAGGGAAUAAAGAGAGAGGCCAAGGUCACAUUCACACCAUACAUUUAAAAUACGUGGAUCUUGGGAACUAUAGUUUUGUGAAGGGUGCUGGGAAUUGCAGCUCAGUGAGAUGCAAACCAUCGUUCCAAGAAUUCUUCGAAGUAAGCUGUGUCUCUUGAAAUGCUACAAACGCGCUUUAAACUUGUGGUGCGGUUGUGACAUCAGAAAAGAGUGUACCACCUGGUACGCAGGGUAAGACCCUACCUGCCCGCAGACUGUCUUGCCAGAGUGGUGCAUGCUGUAGUUAUCUCCCGCUUGGACUACUGCAAUGCACUCUACGUGGGGCUACCUUUGAAGGUGACCCGGAAACUGCAAUUAAUCCAGAAUGCCGCAGCUAGACUGGUGACUGGGAGUGGCUGCCGGGAGAGAUCUGUAUUGGCUCCCAGUACGUUUCCAAGCACAAUUCAAAGUGUUGGUGCUGACCUUUAAAGCCCUAAACGGCGUCGGUCCAGUAUAUCUGCAGGAGCAUCUCCACCCCCAUCAUUCAGUCCGGACACUGAGAUCCAGCACCGAGGGCCUUCUGGCGGUUCCCUCCCUGCGAGAUGUGAGGUUACAGGGAACCAGACAGAGGGCCUUCUCGGUAGUGGCACCCACUCUGGAACACCCUCCCUUCAGAUGUGAAGGAAAUAAGCAGCUAUCCUAUCUUUAAAAGACAUCUGAAGGCAGCCCUGUUUAGGGAAGCUUUUAAUAUUUAAUGCUGUACUGUUUUUAACAUUUGAUUGGGAGCCGCCCAGAGUGGCUGGGGAGACUCAGCCAGAUGUGUGGGGUAUAACUAAAAAAAAUUAUUAUUAUUAUUGUUAUUAUUAGUAUUAUUAUAUUACAUGGGAGGAACAGGCCGGCGUUUCACUGAAGAAUGAAGGAGAGGGAGCUGAGCGUUGGAACACGGGAGGGAACCUGCUGUCCUACUGUAAGGGAAAGUCUAACUGUUGUUAACCACCUUCUUUCCCCUCGAUCUCGUGAAGCCUCUGCGGCCUCUUGGAACAGACUGCCAGGAUGGCCAUGGGAGUGCGGGAUCAAUACGAGCCCGUGGCGGAGAUUGGCAUCGGGGCUUACGGAACCGUCUUCAAGGCCCGUGACCUGCAGAGCGGCAAGUUUGUGGCCCUCAAGAACGUGCGGGUGCAGAACAGCGAGAACGGGUUGCCGCUGUCGACCGUCCGCGAGGUGGCCUUGCUGAAGCGGCUGGAGCACUUUGACCAUCCCAACAUUGUUCGGUGAGGGGCGUGACUGCAAGGAUCCCAGGGUGGGGCUUGGGAGUGUGUGCUUUGUGGCAUGUGCUGCAAUCGAUUUCUUUCAGGGGCGGGAGAGGAAGGAGGCCGGCAUUCCAAGGCUACCUGAAACAAUGGCCUCUGAAUGUUAAGACACACCUAUUAAUUCCAAAGGUAUAGGUUGGGGCGGAGAACCUGUGGCCCUUCAGAUCUUUUAUUUUUAAACACACUAUUCAUAUUUAAAUUUUUAUCCAUAGGAAGCAUAGCUGAAGUUAUAAAGACCAAUGAUGUGCAUGGUUUUUGCUUCUGUAGUAAAUUAGCCGUAGAGUAUCCACGAUGACGUUAUUUUUCAUUGCGUUCCAAGUAUUUUAACAAGUUUACCAUUUAAUCAUUGUCCUUAUCCCAAUAAGGCUCUCCAGAGAGUUCAGUGGGCGGCGGCAGGAUUUUAUUAGGGCUAUCUUUUGUCCAUUGAGCAAAUCUAUACCAUUGAACAGAAAAGUAAUCUAUCAUGUCUCAUUGCUUUUAUUUGUAAUGUCAGUUUUUCUAGUAGAGCAAUGUGCCAAAUUGUAUUUGUCCAUUCCUGUAUUGAUCCUCUGGCCCUUUGGGUCAGCAAGACUAGUGGUCAGGGACAUCUGAAGGGCUGCAAGCAUGGUAGAGGGGGAGGCUGAGGCUAGAAUGGGAGGGAGACGCACUCUGUACAUACUCAGAUAUAAUCUUAUCACAGUGUGAUGUUCCAGAAUUGACGGGACUGUAUUGAAUAUGAGGUUAUGACCAGAGGCCCAGCUCAAAUUAAGGCCUUGGUCUUGACUCCUGUAAGCCCAGAGGAACUUGUGUUAUUGCUUGGCCUAAGUCCCGCCAUUUUUAAUGUUCCAGAAUCCUCUUUGAAAAUUGCACCAGCAUGAACACAAGCUAGGGAUAGGGUGAAGGACGCUCACAGACGAGACCUAUAGUGUAUGGGCCUAGAUUGUUGAAAUGGCUGGCUCAUAACCUGACCUAUAGGAGGCAUGGAGACCCUCCUGAAAGAGCCCAUUUCAGAGUGAAUGGCUCUCCUUUGACUGGAGCAGACUUGUCUUUGUUCUUGGGCCAGUUGGAAUUUUGCCCGGUUCGCCUUAAGGCUGGGAUUUCUUAAGAACUAGGAAGGAAGUGGGCUACUUGCAGACACACACAGUGCGUUUGUCUGCCUCUGUUCCUGCCUCUGGUUCAAAUCUGUCUGCUGCACCCUUUCCCCACAAAAUUAUCCAAACUUUAGACCAAGCUCCUGUUCACUUAGUGAAGAGCAGAGCAAGGUAGCCAGCGGAUGUCGCUGGACUCCGAUUCCCAUCAUCUCUUACCAUUAACCAUGCUGACUGGGGCUGAUGGGAAUUGGAGUCCAGCAAUACCCGAAGGGCCACAUGUUCUCCAUGACUGGCUAUGCCAGCUGGAGAUGCAAUUCAGUUUCCCUAUGUAGGGCACCACCUUUACUGUCCCCGGAGUCUUGUGAUUGAAAACUGGCACCCCAGGAAGGUGCUAGCUGACAGGGAAGAUCCCCCUCAUUGCUCCUACCUUUUAGGAAGUGUUAGAGACUCAGAUCUAUAAGCUUGGCACCAAAUGGCUCCUUAAACCAAGGUUAGAGUCACCAAAAAGUUGCCAUUUUGGAGCAGGAUGGCCCUAAAGUCUUUUCAAAUGAUGCACGAUCAAUUAAACAUCUGGCUAGCUCAGAUGACAACCUUGAGCUAGGUUAAGAGUUUUGAGAACUUAAAGAAGAAAAGUCCCUUGAUCCAGGGACAGUCCACAUAUAUAUUGGCCUAUUCCCACCUCUUUUUCUUAAUGGCGACAUGGACCAUUCGUAACAUUAUUUUUUCACAGCUGUGAGCAGGGCAGUGGGGUGGGGUAAGUGACAACGAGCUGCAACAAUUAACUAUCGCGUUGUUCACUGCUCCUGCUCAGGCUGCACAGAAAAAGCAUUUUGGUUCCUCAAAUUCAUUACGAUUGUGCAGAUAAAAUAUAACUGAUAGAAUUCCACAGGGUGGGGCAUUAGUGAGUGAAAACAGCCCAGUUCCAGUGAUCUCUAGGCAUGCACCUCCAGUUGCCACCUGGCGCCAAGGCAUCUUCACUUGGUUGCAAGUAGUUGAAAGCCUGGCGCCUGGCUAAUUUUGAACACUGCUUUCAGGGGUGGCAGCAAUUUCUGUUCUUGGCCCAUUGGUUUGGUGUGUUUUGUGGGGUUCUUGUUUUUUGCAUAGAGGCAAUAGUUGGGUUUGUUAGGGGGAGGGUAGAGUCAACCUUGGAAGAUGGGACUUCCUCUUUAAUUAGGGCUGCAACCCUAAAUACACUGAAUGGGAAGCAAUUCCGUAAGCAGUGACAGCUGGGGUGGGAGCCUCAGGCCUAGAGACAGCUAUGGCCCUCCAGGUCCCUCUGGUCCUGCCAAGCCACACCUCUCACUGGCCCUGCUUUGCCUUCUCCUUGAGAGUUUUUGCCUGGCUGGAAUGUGUCCUUGAUCUCUGAUCUUGGUUCUUGCUUCCCUGGAUGGAGAGAGGGGUUGCGUUUGUGUGCGGAAACUAGCCUACUCUGUCCAAAGCUCAGCUCACAUUUACUGCUUUGCCCUCUUGCCUUUAGCUACAUCCACCACCGGUAUCCCAGAGAGGGUUAAGAAUGGUUCCCUAUCCCUGAACCAGCGUUUGAAUGUACAUUUUGGAAAAGGCAGCCGAUGUCUGCACAAGCUGCCUGUGGCCUUUACACAGUCCACUCUGUUGGCAUUUUCCUUCGGGCCCAGACUGGCGUUUUCAGGUGGUGAAACCUGUUUAAGGCUCCCCGUCGGUAAUGCAGACAGAGCAAAGGCAGUGGAGUCAGCAGAGGACCCCUGCUCUCAUCCCUGGCUUGGAAACCUAGAGAGGAAGGGAGCAGGACUAACUGGCCCCAGAGUGAAAAACAGGGGAUGUGAUAUACAGUAAAUCUCCUGAUGGCCCUCUUCCUUGGAUCCCGAACCUUUAAAAAAGCAACUCACUUCCCACAAUGCUUUGCUUCAGAUUUCACUUAUGGUCAGUGCUUUAAAAAAAAAUGUUUAGGGGUACUCUUAUUUUCCUACUCAUAUUGAAAUACUGCCCCUCAAUGAGGCCAAACUUAGAUUCACAAAAUGUUUAGGGGUAUGCGUACCCCUGCGUCUGCCCAGGAAAAAAAAGAAAGCACUGCUUAUGGUUAUGCAGGCCUGUCCACAUCGGCUAUAUGGUACAGUGGUACCUCGGGUUAAGUACUUAAUUCGUUCCGGAGGUCCGUACUUAACCUGAAACUGUUCUUAACCUGAAGCACCGCUUUAGCUAAUGGGGCCUCCAGCUGCCGCCGGAGCACAAUUUCUGUUCUCAUCCUGAAGCAAAGUUCUUAACCCGAGGUAAUAUUUCUGGGUUAGCAGAGUCUGUAACCUGAAGCAUAUGUAACCCGAGGUACCACUGUAUAUGUCCAUCUGCUUCCACUCUUCCUGCUGGCUGCAGGUUGGGUUGAUCACUCCUUCCUUUGGGGAGACUCAGAAAGGCCAAACUCAGAAUCUGGGUCCUCCAGCUUCAGGGCCUGCAGACAAGGGGCAUUGAAUCAGACUGGUUCCCCCACCCCGGCUCUCUUGAGUUGUUUCCUGACUAAGGGAGAGCAGAGGACUUGGUUAGGCAGACGGUUUACAACCCCGAUAGUGUUUGCCUUGAGGGACAGUUCUCAGCAGAAACUGCAGGUGAAUUGUGGGGGGAAAUUGCAAGGCUGGAAUGGGAGGAGGACUUUGGAGAGGAGCAAGCGAGUGUGGAGCGGGGGGAUAUGGGAGGAGAGAAAGUGUGAGGGCCGCAGGAUGCCACAGCUGUGAGAGGUGGGUCUUGAGGAACGAAAGGGUUCUGGCAGAUGAGCAGGCAAUCAAAAUACCCUGUGCCUACAGCAACGUGGGUCUGGAAGGUGCAGUUUGUUAUGAUCUGGGCCAGAAUUAACAGUGGGCGGGGUGGCAUAAGUUAGAGCAAGUGAUGUUCUCGCAGUUUCAGUUCUGUGGCCAUAGGCUGUUGGCAGUCUGCAUCAUUUCCAGCCUUAUUACAGUCAUACCUCCGGAUGAAUACGCUUCAGGUUAAGCAUUUUCGGGUUGCACUCCGCAGCGACCCAGAAGUAACAGAACGCGUUACUUCCGGGUUCCGCUGCUCGCGCAUGCGCAGAUGCUCAAAAUGACGUCACGCACAUGCGCGGAAGUGGUGAAACGCAACUCGCGCAGUCGCGUGUUACGCUCGCUUCAGGAUGCGAACGGGGCUCCGGAACAGAUCCUGUUCGCAUCCAGAGGCACCACAUAUUAUUAUUAUUAUUAUUAUUUAUUUGAGUUUAUAUACCGCCCUAUACCCGGAGGUCUCAGGGCGGUUCACAGAAAAAAAUCACGCCAUAUGUAAGCAGAAUAAAAACAACAACCCAAUAACACCCCCCUCAGAAAAGAGCCCCAUUUUAAAAGGGUAUAGGAUGUCAUACAGAUCAACCAAAGGCCUGGUUAAAGAGGAACGUUUUUGCCAGGCGCCUAAAGGUGUAUAAUGAAGGCGCCAGGUGAACUUUCCUGGGGAGAGCAUUCCACAGAAUUCAUUACAUCAAGACGGGGGUGGGGAAUCUCCACCCUCUGGCUCACAGGCCACACCCCCUCCACAGGCCACACCCAUCGCUGACCCUUGCUUUUCACCCUCCUAGGGUGUUUUGCCCCAGAGGGAAUGUGCAUUCGGUGCCUCUGGCUUAUCUACGAAGGUCCGAUUUAUGUUUCUUUCUCCUCCUACUUUUUCCGUCAGCCUUGGGCUAUGAAAGGCUCCAGAUUUCUGCAUUUGGAGAAGUGCCUGGAUCGCACCAGCCCUAUUUGAGGCUCUUAUUUGGAGCCGACUUAUUAUUAUUUUUAUUAUUAUUAACUUCCCAAUGUCACAAGCCCCAUCCUUCCCUGCCCUCCCUCCCCCCCCCCCCCGUAGUUCUGAAGCACUUUAUAAGCAUCUUCCUCACCCUGUAGGCUAAUGGAUGUUUGCACGACAACACGGACGGAGCGCGAGACAAAAGUGACGCUGGUCUUUGAGCACGUGGAUCAGGACCUGAAAGCGUAUUUGGAAAAAACGCCACCUCCCGGCUUACCCGUGGAGGUAAUAAAGGUAAACAUCCCUAUGAGCAUACUGAAUUGAUGUUGGGAUGGUACUUGGGAGGGGGCAUCUGAAUAUGGGGUCCCUAAGGCAUUUAAAGGGACACGGGUGGCGCUGUGGGUUAAACCACAGAGCCUAGGACUUGCCGAUCAGAAGGUCGGCGGUUCGAAUCCCCGCGAUGGGGUGAGCUCCCAUUGCUUGGUCCCUGCUCCUGCUAACCGAGCAGUUCGAAAGCACACUAGUGCAAGUAGAGAAAUAGGUACUGCUCCGGCGGGAAGGUAAAUGGCGUUUCUGUGCACUGCUCUGGAUCGCCAGAAGCGGCUUAGUCAUGCUGGCCACAUGACCCGGAAGCUGUACGCCGGCUCCCUUGGCCAAUAAAGCAAGAUGAGCACCGCAACCCCAGAGUUGGUCACGACUGGACCUAAUGGUCAGGGGUCCCUUAACCUUUUUAAGGCAUUUAAAAUGUGGGUGUUGAUGCAACAUGCUCUUUUUUCUCCCCUCCCAGGACAUGAUGCACCAGUUCCUGAGCGGCUUGGAAUUCCUGCAUUCAAACUGCAUUGUCCAUCGUGACCUCAAGCCGGAGAAUAUCCUGGUGACCAGCUCUGGUCAAGUCAAGCUGGCUGAUUUUGGCCUGGCUCGCAUCUACAGCUGCCAGAUGGCUCUGACGCCACUGGUGAGUCUGCUUUGGCUGGGUCCUGUGAAAGAUCCAAGGGCUUUUGCUCUGGCUUGCGUGACCAGCUUGCACAUUGACUAGGGAAUUCUCAGAUCUUUGGAUCUUUUCAGCCGAUACAGGGUGGGCGGCUCUCUGUCUGGUUCUUCUUCUGUUGAUUUAAGCACAGCACGAAAAGGAGACCGCCAGAGUAUCCAUGGGGCAGGUACGUUACACUGUAGGGAUGGAGAACAACCUAUGGCCCUCCAACUCCUGCCAGCAUGGCCGGUGGGAAGCGGUGGUGAUGGGAGUUGCAGUCCCAGCAGUAUCAGGAGGGUACCAGGUUCUCCACCCAUGUUACACAGAAGACCAUUUUCAGGCCUGGGUGUCAGGGACUGGACUGAGGAGGAAUGGUGGGGACCACCCGUCCCCCCACUCUCCCUGAACCUUCCCAAGAAGAGGAGGGCAUUAUAGAUUUAGAACAGUGGUUUGCAGAAGGUCAUAGUUCAGAGGCUGCAGAGGGGAGAAGCUGGGAAAUAUUGGGAGAGCAGCAGGAAGUAGAAGCACCAGGGGAGAGACUGUUGACACACUCAGUGUCUUUUGAAAGCAUUCCUGACGCACACCCCCAGACCAGGCAUGCAUUGAGAGUAGUAGAACAGAAAGCUCAGAGGCAGAGAGCACAGAUCAGCCAAUGCAGGGAUGACGUAGAAUAGGAGAGACGGAGGGGGUGGGACCUUACUCAGAGCAACGCCAUUAUCUGAAAGUUGGCCUCAUCCAUCUCUCUCUGUGAAUAUUGAGUGAAAUACCAUGGUAAGAACUUCUUGUUUUCCCAUUUCUGGCUGCCAGCCGUGAUCUGAUUCCUUGAAGCCUGACUCUGGGACACAGAGCUGCAGACUGUAAGGCUCUGCUGAAUCCCAGCCGAGGGUGGCUGACCAGGAGCCCCCUGGGAAGUAGAACGGGCUGGGUGUAUCCCCUUGCCAAUCAAAGUAGCAGCCAGAAAGGUCAUCCCAUGUAGCUGAAAGGAAUGGCGCUUGGCCCCAUGCCCAGCCUGUCUCUUGAGAACUAGGUCCAAAGUGCACGGGCUGCUCAAGGGUGAUGCAUUGAGCGGAAGCGGUGGGGGCGCUUUAUAAACAAGCCACCUCCUUCACCUGUGAACCCUUGCUAAAUCUCUGCCACAGGUCGUCACCCUCUGGUACCGGGCUCCAGAAGUGCUGCUCCAGUCGGCCUACGCUACCCCCGUGGACCUGUGGAGUGUCGGCUGCAUCUUUGCGGAAAUGUUUCGGAGGAAGUGAGUGGCGCGGGAAGAUCGUUCGCUUGUGGGGCGGUGGCGGCAGGGUUGGCACAUCUCACCAGGCGCAGGGAAUGGGGUGGUGUUUUGGCUGAGCAGAUGCGGCCUUUGUCGUUAGAGGGGUUCCAACACAGCUAUUGGGGCACCGCUGUUGGAUGGGAAGUUGAUUUGCUGCAGCUCCAGUGCUGUGUGCCAAAGGCCCCAUCUGCACCGUAUGUUCAAAGCAGCAGCAUCCCACUUCAAACAGCUCUGGCUUCUCCCAAAGCAUCCUGGGAACUGUAGUUUGUUAUGGGUGCUGAGAGCUGUUUUGGAGAGUUCUCGGAGUGGUUUAACAAUCAAGCACACUUCCCAGAAUUCAAUGGGGGACGCUAUUGAUUACUCAAAAGUGGUACAGUGCUCCUUUCAAUGGGUAGUAUGGAUGGAGCCAAUGUGCCUUCAGAAACUGGCACAGCAGGGCACAUUCUGUGGCAAGGACACCCCUCUUUUGGGAAAGAGCAAGUGCUUUGCCUGGAGAAGGUGCCAGGUUCAAUCCCUGGCAUUUCCUGACGGUGGGGAAAAGACCCCUGCCUGAAUCCUGAAUCCUGCCAAUCAGAGCAGACUUUUGUAGUCUUGUGCAUUGUAUUUUGUUAAAAGCUUUGCACAAAUUGGCAUGGAUUGGCUGUUUGCAGAGGCGAGGGAGGACUAGGUGAGAAAGGAGGUUUGCACGUGUGUGUGUGUGUGUGUGUAUUGGCCUUUUUGAAAAAUCAUAUUCAUUGCAGUGGUACCUCGGGUUACAGACGCUUCAGGUUACAGACUCUGCUAACCCAGAAAUAGUACCUCGGGUUAAGAACUUUGCUUCAGGAUGAGAACAGAAAUUGUGCUCCGGCGGCACGGCAGCAGCAGGAGGCCCCAUUAGCUAAAGUGGUACUUCAGGUUAAGAACGGACCUCCAGAACGAAUUAAGUACUUAACCUGAGGUACCACUGUAUUACACUUAUUUUCCACUUCCUCCAAGUAGCCCCAGGUGGAGUACAUAGUUCCCCCUUACCUCACUUUAUCUCACAACAACUCUGUGUCAGAGGCUAAGGGACAGUGCCUGGCCCAAGUCAAGCAGGGGGUUUCAUGGGCUCACGGGUUAUGUCAAAUGUACCCCGCUCCAACUUAAUGGGAGCAGUGAGGCACAAUGGGGUGGGCGGUUUAGACACAAGUAGCGUGUGAGAUGUGAGUCCCAAGAAUACGUUACGUCUCCUCACUCUUCUGAAGACCUGCGUGCUGCCCCUCCUUGCUUUCCGUGCGCUUCGACAAUAUAAACUCUGCCAAGGAUUUGCAAACUGCAGUUGGGGGACUGAUAUUGUGAAUUUCUGGGGCACGUUCCACUUGCUAGAUCUCCAAGCCAUCGGCACAGCUGGAAGACAAUAGAUUAGGGCUGGGCCUGCCCAAACCUCCUGUCUUGCUUAUCUUUCGGGCUGAGGACUGCUAGGCAGGGAGGAGCUGGUGACCUGCUUUGCAGAAGAUGGAGUGACAACAGAUGCCGUUGGGGGCAGAAGCUUGCAAAUGGUUUGGGGGCUUUCUUUUUCUUUUUUUCCUGCUACAAUCACGCAGGCACUUCUGCUAUGUUGUUCAGGCUUUGGGGAAAACGACAGUUUGGGAAGGAAUUUGUAGCUGUAGUAGUAGUAGUAGUAGUAGUAGUAGUAGUAGUAUAUUAUUGCCAUAUUUUUCCAUGUAUAAGACUAGGUUUUCCCCCUAAAAAAUAAUGUAAAAAAUUAGGGGGCAUCUUAUACACGGAUACAUCUCCCUCCAUUUUCUUAAAUCUGUGUCCCCAAAAAUAGGGGGCGUCUUAUUGGGGCGUCUUAUAGACGGGAAAAUACAGCAUUUAUAUGCCUCUCAUCUGACAGGGUUGCCUCAGCCACUCUGGGCGGCUUCCAAUAAAUUAAAACAAACACAGUAAAACAUCAAAUAUUGAAAACUUCCCUAUUAAGAGCUGCCUUCAGAUGCCUCCUAAAAGUCAGAUAGUUGUUUAUUUCCUUGACAUCUGAUGGGAGGGACCCAGGAUCUGGCAAACUAACAAGACAGAAAAACACAAUAGUUAAAAAUAAAUUAAGCAAAACUUCUAAAAAAAUUAAGAGCAUCCAAAAACGUUUUUAAAACGAUCACAUAUCCUCACAGCUAAUAAUGUUAGGGUUGCCAGGAAGAUUUCUAGGUGCCUUAAUAUUAGGAAAAAAAUCAAAACAGUGUACAAUACAUAGUAAAAUAUAAUAUCAUGAUUAAAAAAAAUUAUUCACAUCAUAAAAACAUAAAAUAGAGCAGCAUUCUCCUCCCACUGCUUCUUGGUGAAUUAAUAUGAUUCAGUAUUUGGCUCAACGUUGGCUUGCAACUGUGUGCUCAUUCGCCUUGUGUGUUUCUGAGAUCACUGUCUUUGUUCAAGACGCCGCUGCGGUGAGGUGGCAGCUAGAUUGGUCUGUCAACUCAAUCUGCGUAUUAUUUGGCAUUUGAGAAUGCUCAUCAAUCUCUCUGCAAACCCUCCUUGUCAUGCACUGUCAGAGCAGUCAGACGCCUUCUUGACCACCCCCUCCACCCCCCUACGAAAAAAAGCUGCUUGAAGAGACUAUUGUCAAUUGGUGUUGUGUCUAAUCCACUGGUUUUCAACUGGAGAGUUGGAGGCCACUGCUGCCUGGCGUAAGAUGGGUAACAGCAACCAUUUGUUGUUGUUUAGUCGUUUAGGUGACUCUUCAUGACCCCAUGGACCAGAGUACGCCAGGCCCUCCUGUCUUCCACUGCCUCCCCCAGUUUGGUCAAACUCAUGCUGGUAGCUUCAAGAACACUAUCCAACCAUCUCAUCCUCUGUCGUCCCCUUCUCCUUGUGCCCUCCAUCUUUCCCAACAUCAGGGUCUUUUCCAGGGAGUCUUCUCUUCUCAUGAGGUGGCCAAAGUCUUGGAGCCUCAGCUUCAGGAUCUGUCCUUCCAGUGAGCACUCAGGGCUGAUUUCCUUAAGAAUGGAGAGGUUUGAUCUUCUUGCAGUUCAUGGGACUCUCAAGAGUCUCCUCCAGCACCAGAAUUCCAAAGCAUCAAUUCUUCGGCGAUCAGCCUUCUUUAUGGUCCAGCUCUCACUUCCGUACAUCACUACUGGGAAAACCAUAGCUUUAACUAUACAGACUUUUGUCAGCAAGGUGAUGUCUCUACUUUUUAAGAUGCUGUCUAGGUUUGUCAUUGCUUUCCUCCCAAGAAGCAGGCGUCUUUUAAUUUCAUGACUGCUGUCACCAUCUGCAGUGAUCAUGGAGCCCAAGAAAGUAAAAUCUCUCACUGCCUCCAUUUCUUCCCCUUCUAUUUGCCAGGAGGUAAUGGGACCAGGGGCCAUGAUCUUAGUUUUUUUGAAGUUGAGCUUCAGACUAUAUUUUGCGGUCUCCUCUUUCACCCUCAUUAAAAGGUUCUUUAAUUCCUCCUCACUUUCUGCCAUCAAGGUUGUGUCAUCUGCAUAUCAGAGGUUGUUGAUAUUUCUUCCGGCAAUCUUAAUUCCUGCUUGGGAUUCAUCCACCCCAGCCUUAUGGGGUCUUCGCUGCGAGAUCACAUUCAUCCGGUACUAUACCAGCUGCACUGGCUCCCGGUGGAGUACAGGAUCAGGUUUAAGGUGCUGGUUUUAACCUUUAAAGCCCUAUACGGCCUAGGACCCUCGUACCCUACGGGACCGCCUCUCCUGGUAUGCCCCACAGAGGAACCUACGGUCUGCAAAUAAAAACAUCCUGAAGGUCCCAGGCCACAGAGAGGUUAGGCUGGCCUCAACUAGAGCCGGGGCUUUCUCGGCUGCGGCUCCAAUCUGGUGGAACGCUCUGUCACAAGAGACUAGGGCCCUGUGGGACUUGACAUCUUUCCGCAAGGCCUGCAAGACAGAGUUGUUCCACCAGGCCUUUGGUCAGGGCCCAGCCUGACUCCCUCCUCUGGCAACCUGCACAGAACUUUGCUUAACGGUUGCCAUUAAUUUGAUUUUAAUUAAUUUUUAUAAUGAAAUGUUUUAGAAUGUUGGAUUAUUUGAUUGUUUGAUUAUUUGUUUGUUGUUAGCCGCCCUGAGCCUGGCUUUGGCUGGGGAGGGCGGGAUAUAAAUAAAAUUUAUUAUUAUUAUUAUUAUUAUUAUUAUUAUUAUUAUUGUUAUUAUUAUUAUUAUUUUGCAACCAUACCACCAUACAAAUAAAUAAUGUUGAUCGAUUAAGAAGUGGGUCCCCAGAUGGUUAUUUAGAUUAAGGUAGGUUUCAGGUUUGAAAUGGCUGAAGAACUGCUGUUUAAAAGCACUUCUAUUUGAGGCAUGGUACACCAGGUGUCCACUUCUGUUCAGAUGUUCAGGUGCAGAAGGGGGCAUGGCGCAACAGGAAGUUGCCGCCAAAACGAUGGCUGCCUCCUUCCAGAGCAUUUUUCCAUGAGUGCUUCCUGCGCUUCUGGCUCUCCACCUUGACACAGGAGUGCAGAAACUUGGCAUGUAGACUUGGCUUCACAAAGUCCUGUAGAAGGGAUCUUCUUGUGCAAAUCCCUGGUUCCACCAAAAGAUGGGGGAAGCAGAGCCAUUCAUGAGCUGGUGUGGUGGUUGAACUCAAACCUGGCAGACCAGGGUUCAAAUCCCCGCCCAGCUGUGAAACCGCGAGACUUUGAUGACUGUAUUUCUUCCAGCCUGACUUACCUCACAGGGUAAUGGCUAGGGUCAAAUGAGGGAGAAAGGGUUGGUCGUAAAUGUAGCAGUGGUGGUGUUUCUAUAAACCUUUUAAAAUAAAAAGUUAAUUUUGAAAGUUGUCGUGCUCUCCUUAAAGACUUCCUUGGUUGUGUGAGAGGGUUCAUGAAGUUGCUGUGUGUAUGAUGAAAUCCUCUGUCAUUGCUUGGUGACAUUAUAUGGACCACUGGGGAAGGGUUAGCCUUCCAGUUGACCAGUGGGAUGAGUAACUGGACUAUCCUGAGGUGCUACAACCUUAUCAAUAGAUCUGUUCUUGGCCUCACCCCAUCUCUCAUUGUUUGCUAGCCACCAUUGUCUGGGGCAUGGCUUGGACCAGGGAACCCUGUAUUUGCCCGGUGCAAUUUUGAAUGUUACGUUUCCUGGUUCUGUGGCUCAAGUCGCAACUGCCUUGUGACAGACUGCCUGUAAUACAGUCCCAGUAUUGCAGUGACACAAUAUAUCACAUGUCCUACACGUGAACUCAAAAAAACUGAUGACAGAGGUUUCUGGUAAUUCAUGUUUAGGGCUUGCGAUGACAAGUAACCACAAUUCCCUUUUGUCUUCUCUGCAGGCCCCUCUUCUGUGGCAACUCUGAAGCUGACCAGCUAGGCAAGAUCUUUGAGUGAGUCUCGCCUUUUUGUCUGCUCCAAAGGGCUGGUGAAAGUCACUGGGGGAAAGGGAGAUCUCUUUCGUUAGGUCAUCUGCCUUACUCAGCAUAAUCGUGCAUGACUCUGCUCGUUUUUAUGAGCGUGCUAAGUCAAGGCAUGUGUAUGCGUAAGAGAAGUUCCUCAUUAUUAUUAUUACUUAGUAAAUUCUGGCCUGGGGUCCUGAGGGAUUUCUCCCCACCCAGUUCACAUUGCCUCGUCUUAGUGACGAGUGUGUGUUCUCCGCUGCAGAGCACAGACCUGUCUGGUGAUGUCGGCUGGAGUUAUCUGCUCUGACAGCCCCAGUUAAUUGAAGGUUGCACUGGGUUUGAUGAUUGCUGGUUAGCAGGAAAAGAUCCUGACUUGCAGCAAGGAGUUGAAAUAGGUGGUCUCUGGAUCAUUCACAAUGAAAUUUGUGCGUGCACGAGUCAGAAAACUUCCAAGUUUUCCAAAUAUGCUACUUACAUAAUGAAUGCAAAUAAAUGUUGGAUUAUUUAGUCUGGCAGGUCUCUUAAACUCAUUCCAACAUUGUGAGAAGCUAAAGUAGUUCAAGGUGCGUGUCUCACUCUUGAAGUGGGAUGAACAGUAGAAAGGAAGGGAAAAAGGAGCGGCAAGAAUGAUCUAUGAAGUCCCCCACUUAGACAAUCCUGUAUGCGUCUACUUAGAAGUAAGCUUAAUUGGGUUCACUGAUGCUUACUCCUGGGUAAGUGGGCUCAGCCUCACAAAAAUCAAAAGGAUUGUUUCCUAAAGGUUUCCUUGAAAAGCACAAGAAUUUGAAAUUUAAAGAAACGGAAAAGUUACGAAGGUUCCAGGGUGACUUAAACUGUAAAACGUGGAAGAGGUGAUUAAAAACAAAAAUCGAAGCGGAUAAUUUUAGGGGAUCUACUUCUGGCACAAGGGACACGGGUGGCGCUGUGGGUUAAACCACAGAGCCUAGGAGUUGCUGAUCAGAAGGUCAGUGGUUCGAAUCCCCGUGACGGGAUGAGCUCCCGUUGCUCGGUCGCUGCUCCUGCCAACCUAGCAGUUUGAAAGCACGUCAAAGUGCAAGUAGAUAAAUAGGUACCGUUCCAGCGGGAAGGUAAACGUUGUUUCCGUGCGCUGCCCUGGUUCGCCAGAAGUGGCUUAAUAAUGCUGGCCACAUGACCCGGAAGCUGUAUGCCGGCUCCCUCGGCCCAUAUAAAGUGAGAUGAGCGCCGCAACCCAAGAGUCAGCUACGACUGAACCUAAUGGUCAGGGGUCCCUUUACCUUUACCUUUACUUCUGGCACAAUCACGAGCAGUGUGAUAUGGGAAUAGGUGAGGCAAGGGGACUGGGACGCUGCAGUCCAAAGGCCCAUCUAGUCCAGAACUCUAUGCUCACCGUGGCCAACCCCAUGGACAGGAGCUGAGCACAACAGCACUCCUAUGUUGACCAACGCUGUUGUGGUGGGCAUGAACCAGACGUCCCGGGCUCAGGAGCUGGCAUGCUGCUGGGGUGAUGGUCUUGAACCCUGGUAACCUCCCACACAUCUUGGCAGAGGGCUGCCUUCUGGGGAAGCCACCAGGCGACUCUGGCUCACAAUCUCUCCUUGACUUGCAGCCUGAUCGGGCUCCCAUCCGAGGAGGACUGGCCCCUGGACGUGUCUCUGCCACGCUGCGCCUUUGCUGCUCGCUCCCCGCAGCCCGUCGAGAAGUUUGUGCCGGAAAUCGAACCCCUGGGAGCUCAGCUGCUGUUGGUACGUUCCACAGAGAUGGGCAGGUCACCGUGUGAGGCAUGGAGAAUAGAUCAGGGGAGCAGGUGGAUCUGAGAGCUGGAGUUGGAAUGAUGGUUAAAAGCAUGAGCUGUGCCUCCCUCCCCCACGGACCCAGAUUUAAUCCUGAAUAAGCUGGGUGGCCUUGGCCUCACUGUUUCCGCCACGGUGGCUUCAAGAGUGGAUGAAAUGCACUUAAUAUUUAUGCAGCGCUCUUCUCCAGUAGUUGGGAUCUACUCUUCUUGUGCACUGUGAGGGCAGAUCUUAGUGUGGUUUGGGCAGCACUGCAUGAGCGAUGUGCCUAUGCUGAAUGCCUUCUAUCCACGCCCAAGGGAUGUGGCUGGUGCUGUGGUCUAAACCAUUGAGCCUCGGGCUUGCCGAUCAGAAGGUCGGCGGUUCGAAUCCCCGCGACGGGGUGAGCUCCGGUUGCUCUGACCCAGCUCCUGCCAAUCUAGCAGUUCAAAAGCACACCAGUGCAAGUAGAUAAUUAGGUACUGCUGCGGCGGUAAGAUAAAUGGUGUUUCCAUGCGCUCUGGUUUCCAUCACGGUGUUCCAUUGCGCCAGAAGCGGUUUAGUCCUGCUGGCCACAUGACCCGGAAAGCUGUCUGUGGAAAAACACCGGCUCCCUCAGCCUGAAAGAUGAGUGCCACAACCCCAUAGUCGCCCUUGAGUGGACUUAACCAUCCAGGGGUCCUUUACCUUUAUUAUUUCUUAUUAUUAUUAUUAUUAUUAUUAUUAUUAUUAUUAUUAUUAAUCCACGUCCAUCAUUAACCUAUAAAUCCACCCUGGAGAGCAAUCUAAAGCAGCAGUAUUUUCCAGUGGCAAAACUGGUCCUGAUCGUAGAUUGCUUUGGCUGGAAAGUGUGAGGGACAUUAUUAAAUUCCCCCCCGAUUUAUCGAAGUGCACAACAAAACUAAAUAUGCCUAGACUAGCUGAGCUCUCAGAAUGUUGUUGGGACUCCCAACCCGUGUCCUCUUCCCUGACCAUUGGCCGCCCUGCUGGUUAGGGCUGACGGCAUUUGGAAAUCUGACAGUAUCUGGAGGUUGGGGGAGGGUUUUAUCAUUUCUGCUAAGCAAACUAUUUGAAGAAGUUGCCACAUGGCCAAGUCAUUGGCUCUUAGUGACCUGCCUUUGGGGGAAAUUUGUCUGUGGAAGUAAACAGGCAACAAAUGUCGGUGACUCAAAUGUUUGGUAACUGGGAGGGACUGCUGGCUUUUCAUCUGUUCAAGCUGUUGGCGAUCACCGCCGUAUGAAUAAUGUGCCAUGUGAACUCGCCCUUAGUCAUAGGAUGAUGCGGGGCAAUGUUUUCGAAAUAGGAUGCUAGAGACGUUCGAGAGCUGUAAGCUGUGUAGCAAGAAGAAUCCUUGGAGUAAGGCACACUGUGUCCCAAUUUGGGGUUUGCACACAUUCAGGGUACCCUCCUACAGAUCUUGCGCAGAGGAGGUCUGGACCCUGUUCUGCCUGCGAUGAAAAAUGAUGUUAUAUUCAUUUUACAUUUUGUAUAAUUUACUGUUGGAGUGGCACACAAAGGAUGAACAAGUUAAAUCUGUGGUGAUAGAUUGGGCAAGAGUUGUUGGACAUAACAUAAUGUUUGAGGAUUGUGGAGGAAAGGGGUCAAGUUCACUGCAUGUACGGUGUUAAAGGAAAAUGUUAUGGAAAUGAUGUAUAGGUGGUACUUAACCUCUGUAAAACUAGCAAAGAUUUAUCAUAAGAGUGAUAAUCUAUGUUGGAAAUGUAAAGAAAAAGAAGGUACUUUUUACCAUAUGUGGUGGACUUGUCCCAAGGUGAAAGACUUCUGGGAAAAGAUUUAUAAUGAAUUGAAAAAAAUGUUGAAAUAUACAUUUAUCAAGAAACCAGAGGCCUUUCUUCUUGGAAUACAGUGGUGCCUCGCAAGAUGAAAUUAAUUCGUUCCGCGAGUUUUGUCGUCUUGCGAUUUUUUUCGUCUUGCGAAGCACGGUUUCGGGAAAGUUUUGGAAAAGCUUCAAAAAUCACCAAAGUCUUUAAAAACCUCAAAAAGGCUACCACACCGCGUUCUAUGAGUUGCUCCUCGAAGUCAAGUCGCAACUGUAUUAACGGUGUUAAGAAAAAGGAAACAAACUUGCAAGACGUUUCCGUCUUGUGAAGCAAGCCCAUAGGGAAAAUCGUCUUGCGAAGCAGCUCAAAAAACAAAAAACCCUUUCGUCUAGCGAGUUUUUUGUCUUGCGAGGCAUUCGUCUUGCGAGGUACCACUGUAAUAGGUUUGGAAUUGCUCAAGAAAUAUGUUAGAUUGUUCUUGUAUGCCACAACUGCUGUUAGAAUUUUUCUGACCAAAAAUUGGAAUAAGUACCAACAGUGGAGGAAUGGCAGAUGAAGAUGAUGGACUUUUCGGAGCUAGCCAACAUGACCAGAAGAGUCCGCGACCAGAAGGAGGAGGAGUAUCCAGAGGAAUGAAAGAAAUUUAAAGACUAUUUAGUUAAAUAUGUUAAGAUAACUUAAAUAGAAUUACUUGCGAGUACCAAAUUGGCCUAGGAUUUAAAUAUGUGAUGUUGUAGAAUACUAUGGAUAAAAGUUAAAAUGAAAAGAAAGAAAGAUGUUAAUUGGACUAAGUAAAUAUUAUGUAAAAUUAGCUUUGGAAAACUGCUACAAUGAUUUAUAUGGAAACUCAGCCGGGGGAGUCGAGGAAGUCAUCUAACAAUGUUAACAAAAGUGGAACUUCUAUAGUUAGGAUAUUUGUUUGUUUGUUUUUUGAUGUUUUCUUUUUUUGUUCGAUGAUAUGUUUGUUUUAAAUUUGGAAAAUUUAAUAAAAAAAUUGGGGGGGGGGGAGAAAAAUGAUGUGAUAUUCACAAUGUUUCCCACUCUGUCUCCCUCUAGGAAAUGCUGACAUUCAACCCGUACAAACGGAUCUCUGCCUUCAAAGCACUGCACCACCAGUACUUCCGAGACCAGAGUGCAGGUGAAGGCUAGCGACAUCCCAUCAGGUCCCUGGCAAGGGGUGAAAAGACUGUACACAAAAAGACUUUGCGUGUGUAUGAGGAUAAUUGGCCCCCCGCCUGGAGGCUGCAGUCAGAACGUCUCCCAAGCCCCCUGGCUGUGCUGGGACUUUGAGGGGAGGGGGCCGGAGCCGUUGCCAACAUGCGGAACGAAAACGAAAAGGUGCCUGUUGCAGGAAGUGCAACGCCGAAAUCCUUCCUGCCCUGGAAAUAACUAGGAUUCCUGUGGUAUCUCUGUGCCAACCCUCGCAGAUGUACGCGCACACUCACUUUCUGUGUUCCUGGGCUGAGUCCCAGCACUGUUCUUGAAGGUCAGUUUGUGUUUGAGACAGCCCAGUUAGAGGCAUCUCUCUCGUGCCAUCUGAGUUCAUAGCCAAAGGUGUCUCCAAUAACUUUUUUUUAAAAUGAAUAAUUUUUUUAUAACAGUUUACACACAAUAAUGUUCCUGCCUUUUAUCACAUUCCUGUGGCUAAGAGUUUGACACUAAAGCCUUGCCUUAACUUGUUACACACCGAGCGCCGUGAAAGCGGGAGCAAAGGAUAUUUUUGUAUAAAGUAUUCACAAUUCAUUUUCGAAAAAUUUUUUGAAUUGACACGACACUGGUCAGGAGAGACCUACGUAAUCUGGGAUCUGGGCAUGGGAGAUCUGCUCAGAUGGAGAGAUCAGCUGAUUCCAGUCAUUGAUGUGAAGUUUUUCUUUCCUUUUUAAUAUAAAAAAAGCUUCCGAAAACGAAAUUUCAAUAAAGAAUAUGGAUGGGCUGGGGGGCCAGGCAAGUAUAGCUUGGUCUUCCCCCUUUCCUGUCACUUGAAGAUC